AUGGUUCUACUUGUGAUGGUGGUGGUUGGAGUAGGAUUGCUGCUUGGGGGUUAUGCAGCUACGUGGUGGCGAAUCGCCACGGAUCACGUUCCUGCGCAUGUUCGACAUGUGCGUCAAGUGACCUUGCAAACCAUAACAGCGCCCUCCAUUCGCGCCCGCUCGUACAACAUCAGUCGCGCCCCACCAGUGCAGGCCACGUUGUCGGACCUGAUUCAUGAGGUUAUACAGCAAUAUGUGCGCAGUUGGUGGGACCCGCUUACCUACCAAGAAGAGACGGUGCCCCUUUGCGCCCGUGAGGCCCUUCAACACGCAGUGGAUAGCCUGCAACUGGCUCUGGCAGACUUUGAUGCAGUCACGGUGACACGCGAGCGGCUGUUGCCUUUCUUCACAAUUGUGCUAAAAGUCAGGAAAAUGGGCAAGAGGACGCUUCAUCAAAGCAUGCUGUCGCCCCAGACAUUCCACGAUUUCACCCGGGCUCUUUCACAAGCUCUAGUACUUCUUCUGACCGAGGGGGCACCCUCGCUUCGCGCCACCCUGACCAAAACCCUCCUGACGGACCUGGUUCAGACUUUACUUCUGUACAGCGAGCGUGAAUUUGGUGCACCAAACUACUUGAAUCAGUGUAUCACGGCAUACUUUCAUGGGCCCUCGGCACCUCGCAAGAGUUACGCUUACUCGGAAAACUAUGCGCGCUUUGUAAAGCGCAUUCAAGCCUGCACCAAUGUUGAAGAGUUGCUUGAUAUGCGAUUCCAUAUCAUUUACGAGAUUCUGCAGAUUCAACAGGAACAACAUGUCGAGGCCUUGCUCUCUGACCCUGGCGCAGCGGCUGAGAUUCCACCCCAUUUACAAGAGCCCCACGGCAAGAGCAAACCCAAAAAGCGAAGCCGUCAACGAUACUUGAACCAGUGCAUUUUAGCCAAGUCCAUGUGUGAGCGCCGCAUCAUCUUCCUUGGUGGCUCCUACACUUCUGAGGAUAUGGCUCCUGGCCGAUCAGAAUUGGGUGGCACACUACACGAGACUGCCGACGAUGGCCUCCGCUUGAGCUACUUCAUGGAAUUUCUCGCUAAAAAGCACAUGACCACCCACAUGCAGUGCUGGUUGGCAAUGCAGCGCUUACGCAAG